CUUUCUUCAUUCAAUCAUCACUCACAUUCUCAAUCACAAACCAAAAGAAGAAGAAAACCAAACACUUUCUCUCUUUCAAGUUUCAUCUCCUAACACUUCAAAAACCUACUCAUCUCAUCAAAGAAACAAUCUUUUUUCAUUUCUUGAACAAACCCAAAUCAACAAAAUGGAGAAUUUGUUUCGUCUAGCUGAUCACGAAGAUUUUAUCUCUCGCCGUUGCAUUUGGGUCAAUGGACCUGUGAUCAUUGGUGCAGGUCCAUCUGGCCUAGCAACGGCGGCAUGUCUUAGAGAACAAGGAGUACCCUUCCUUGUUCUCGAAAGAGCUGAUUGCAUAGCAUCACUUUGGCAAAGAAGAACGUAUGACAGAUUGAAACUUCAUCUCCCAAAACAAUUCUGUCAACUCCCUAACCUUCCAUUCCCUGAUGAUUUCCCUGAAUACCCUUCAAAGAAACAGUUCAUAAACUACCUUGAAACCUAUGCUAACAAAUUCGAAAUCAACCCGCAAUUCAACCAGUGUGUUCAAUCUGCUAAGUAUGAUGAAACCAGUGGAUUAUGGAGGGUGAAAACCAAUGAAGUUGAGUAUAUUUGCAGGUGGCUUGUUGUUGCUACCGGCGAAAAUGCUGAGUGUGUUACUCCUGAAAUUGAAGGACUUUCUGAAUUCAAAGGUGAAGUUGUUCAUGCUUGUGAUUACAAGUCAGGCGAAAAUUUCAAAGGAAAGAAAGUUCUUGUUGUUGGUUGUGGAAAUUCAGGAAUGGAACUCUCACUUGAUCUUAGCAACCACCAUGCUUUACCUUCUAUGGUUGUUCGAAGCUCGGUUCAUGUGUUACCCCGAGAAAUAUUUGGAAUAUCAACAUUCGAAUUAGCAGUUAUGAUGUUAAAGUGGCUACCACUAUGGAUUGUUGACAAGCUUCUUCUAAUUUUGACAUGGUUCAUUUUGGGUGACAUGGAAAAGUUUGGCAUCAAAAGACCUUCAAUGGGUCCUUUGCAGCUGAAGAACACAGAAGGAAAAACACCUGUUCUGAAUAUUGGAACCUUGGAGAAAAUUAGAUCCGGUAAUAUAAAAGUUGUCCCUGGAAUCAAGAAGUUUAACAAAAACGGCGAAGUCGAGCUUGUUAAUGGCGAAAAAAUUGAUGUUGAUGCAGUUGUUCUUGCUACCGGUUAUAGGAGCAAUGUCCCUUCUUGGCUUCAGGAAGGUGAAUUUUUCUCGAAAAACGGAUACCCGAAGAUGCCAUUUCCACAUGGAUGGAAAGGAAAUUCAGGACUAUAUGCUGUAGGGUUCACAAAGAGAGGGCUUUCUGGUGCUUCAUAUGAUGCUGUUAAAAUUGCACAAGAUAUUGGAAAUGUUUGGAAACAUGAGACUAAACAGAAGAAACAACGCAAUACUGCUUGUCAUAGACGCUGCAUUUCACAGUUCUAAACACACAAUCUUGCUUCUUUUUAGUCUCAGGAAUUCUUUCUUGUAUACAAACAAAAAGAUAACAAUAUCUUGUAAAAAAAAACAAUACAUACAUGAUAGCACACAGAAACACAGCCCAAUCCUAAGACCCAAGUUUUUUAAUGUGGUUUGUUAAGGAUGAUGCGGCUUUUUCAUUUUUUUUUAAAGGCGUUUUAAUGUAUUUCGUUUUGUUGAUUCAUAUAUGUAACACAAACUUGAAACUUCUGCGGUUCCAACAUUAUGCUGGAGUCGUAAGGGAUUUAAGUUCAUGUAAUAAAAUUCAAUAUUUGAAAUUGAA